CCUGACCUAGCUGCUCCACUCCGCCGCGGUCUUCCGUUGGUGUUCCCGGACCUCCCAUCCCUUCCUUCCCCUUCGACCGGCCUGAACCUUUGGGUGGGCUAUGCAGGACCAACAACAAUAGCUGCACGGAGCCAGUUUUGCCUUCAAGUUUCCGACAGACCAGAAAAUUGAAUAAGUGUUUCAUUGUUGCAGCUAUGAAGGAAGAAGAAGUAAACCGAUGCCAGAUUCAAGAAUGGUACCCAAAAUUUAAAUCAGUGGCGAUUAGGACUUUGAUUCAUGAGCUUCCUGAAUCUUUUGUCCAGUACCUGGUUGAUGACUCGGGACCUUUCGUCCUUCCUGUUUCGAUCUCAAACGAGGAUGCCUUUCCGAAUAGAAUUCAUAAUCCAGAUGAGGAAGAAGAUUAUCAAGUAUCAGAAGUAUACGGAGACGAAGCAGAACCCUCAUCGCCACCUUCUUUCCCUGAACUUGAGUUAAAGAUUAAGGAGUCAAUUGAAGCCCUCGGGGGUGCAAUCUUUCCCAAGUUGAAUUGGAGUGCACCAAAGGACUCUGCAUGGAUAAGCACAUCCGGGACUCUUCGGUGCACUACAUUCACUGACAUUGCUCUUUUGCUUCGCGCAUCUGACUCCUUGAUCCAUGAUCUAUGUCAUGCAUAUGAUUCGUGCAGUGACAAAACCAUUUCAAGACCCCCAAGAUUCUUCCUUGCCCUCCGUAAAUGGUACCCGUCUUUACGACCAGAAAUGGAAUUCCGUUGCUUUGUAAGGGGACAGAAGCUUGUUGGAAUUUCGCAGCGGGAGGUCACUACAUUUUAUCCAGUUCUUUGUGAGAAGAAAAAUUAUCUUCAAGUGUUGAUUGAAGAAUUCUUUAAUGUCAACGUGAGGCUGAAAUUUGAAUCAGAUGAUUACACGUUUGAUGUUUAUGUCACAGAGGAUGAACGAGUAAAGGUGUUGGAUUUCAAUCCUUGGGGUGCUUUUACAUUGCCGUUGCUGUUCACUUGGGACGAAUUGGAACAGAAUCCGGGGGAAGGAAAUUAUUUGAACUUGAGAAUUGUGGAGAGCCAAUGCGCUGUUCGGCCAGGUUUGAAGACGGCAGUUCCAUAUGAUUACUUGGAUGUCAGUGAAGGCAGUGGUUGGGACCAAUUCCUGAGAAAUGCUGAUGAUGAGCUGCGGAGGCAGGCCAAGUCUCCUGAAGCAGGAGCUUAAGAACUUGAUUUCCGUUUCCGUUUUUCUUUUAUGCCGGUCGAUGUUGCAAUUGUUAUGACCAAGAGCUUCUUCUGCUUUGUUCU